CCGUCAACACAUAGCGUGUGGGCAGCGGAUUUCGACAGCACGUGGCACACGCUAUGGAGAGCGACACACCCAGAGAACUCGGAUAGUGGGGCUGUUAUGACGGGGGUCACACCACGCCCUAGGGAUUUUCGUCCUGGAGUUGGCUGGGAAACAGAGAGAGCACGACAGGAGAAAAACGAUGAUUCAAGGAGGGAGGUAAGAAGGGAGGGAGAGGAGGGGGGAAAGGAGAAAGGGCGGCACAGAGGAGGGAGGGGAGAGGAGGAGGCGGACAAGCAUGGGCAGCCACCACGGGAUAUUCUAUUGAUUGGAGGAAUGAAACCGAGGCCACAGGGAACGAAAAGACCAAGGCCGAGACGCAAGAACAAGCAACGAGAGGGGAAGGCGGGGAAGGGGAGAAAAGGGAAACAAGCGGUGUCAUCCUCCACCGAGCACAACCCGUCCCCGAAGAGAUGCAGAGACGAGACGGAGAAGGGAGUGCUGAUCUUUGGGGAGCACCGAUCUGUUUUAGGCGUACGAGGGAGACAAGGAACUGGGGAGCAGGGAUCUCGUCAGGGGGACAAAUUGGGGAAAUUGGAGGGAGAGGAGCCAAUCGAACCACAGAAAACGGAGGAAAAGAGGGGGGGGAACGGAACAGUGGAGGAUGCAACUGCUGGAGCGGCGGAGCCCACCGAGACAGAUGAAAGAUCGUUGGUAUACCUGGGGGAAGACCCGGGGGGAAGGACAGAGAGGAUAGUAUGGGAAACGGUGGGGGGAUCGGGAGGGAAGCCGGGACAGGAUCGGACAGCUGAGUCAAAGAAGUGGGGGAGGGGCCGAGAAGAGAUGCGAGGAGCGGGACGGGCUGCUGGGGCGGAGGGGGAGGGCGAGAGGGACAGAUCGGUGGGCCCACACAAUGGCACCUCGGUAGGGGCGAUGGAUCAAGAGAUGCAAGGAGUGGGACGGGCUGUUGGGGAGGAGGGGGAUGGCGAGAGGGACAGAUCGGCGGGCCCACACAAGGGCAUCCCAGUAAUAUUGGUUACAACACAAGAGGCGGAUGAAGGGGAGGUGCGAUUUGCAAUGGCCAGAUUUGAGGACCAUUCGUCACAGCAAUGGGCAGUCACGGUGGGGAAAAGUUGGGUGGGGAAGAACUAUGAGGUGGGACCAGUGGAAAGAGUGUUGACGAUCCAUUUGGUGGAGAAGGUGGACGACGGGAAACUUAUGGGACUGUAUGUUUUUCUGCUGAGAACGGAACUCCGCUUGGACGACGCAGUGGUGUCGUCUCUGAAUCCGCAAUUUGUGUGGCAAGACUUCGGUCAACUUUUGGGACCGGUGAUGGCCGCGACAUCCAGCUAUGCGACCCAGGAGACCAUGGGCACACAUGUCCUGAGGGGAGUGAAUAAACACUUGCCCGAAGAUAAGAAGUUUACAGGACACGGCUUUUGGGUAGAAGGGUAUGAAUGGCCAUUUGCGAGGUCGGGGACGCGUCGAAUAGGUCCUCGCGAAGAUCCAAAGUUUCGGUCAGCGUGACAUCCGCAGGGGCGUCGGCGCGCAGAAAUGGAGGAGGAAGGGGGGGAGGUCGUAGGUGAGGGGGAGGGGGACGAUGACCGCCGGAGUAAGGGCUAUGGGCUCUCUCUGAAAAGAGAGGUGGGGGGGCGGGGGGGAAUCGUCGUCGUGCCAGUUAGCAUUAGAUAAAGGGCGGGUAGGGCAGACAUGGUAGUAGAAAAGGCGUUCAGAGUGGCUUCGGUGAACAUAAGAGGAUUGGGGGAGAGAUCAAUUAGAUGGAGGACUAGACAACUUAGACAAAUAGUGGACAGGGAAAAAAUACAUGUGUUGUGCAUACAAGAAACAAAGCUCAAAGAAGAGC